CAUGGACAUAUACUAAAGCAUCGACGCAACAUAGUUUCUAGAUAACAACUCAAAGGAUCAAGCAGACAGAAAUCCAGACGGGCUGUCAAAAUAGUGCCCUGGUUGACUCGCGCCUUUUGUAUGAAGCGUUACGCAAGCAACAGCCUGCAAGACUAGCAGUAGAUUACCGGGAUUAGUGCAAGCGUUGCGCGCUGUGGCACGACGACCUUCCCAAUUACUGACUUGGACGUUGACUUGUGACCAGCAGUCGCUAUGGCGAGGACGAAACAGUCGAAGCCAGCUCGGCCAGGGCGAAAGGCGCAGGCCGAGGCAGCAACACCUACGAAAUCGAAGCGACCAAGCGGAGCUGCAGCGACGCCGACGCGCGGGGGCCGAAGCCCGGGUGGAGGCACACCAACGGGAAAGAAGCCCCACCGCUACCGGCCUGGAACCGUGGCACUGCGAGAAAUCCGCAAGUACCAGAAGUCCACAGACCUGCUCAUCCGCAAGCUGCCCUUCUCGCGAUUGGUCCGUGAAAUCAGCAACCAGAUGCUGCGCGAGCCCUUCCGUUGGACUGCGGAGGCACUACUGGCGCUGCAGGAGGCCAGCGAGGACAUGCUGGUCCACCUGCUGGAGGACUGCAACCUCUGCGCAAUCCACGCAAAGCGCGUCACCAUCAUGCCCAAGGAUAUGCAACUGGCGCGGCGCAUUCGUGGACCAAUCUACGGCAUUUCCAGCAACUGAUGUGGCCGAGUGUUUAAUGCGGGGCAUGGCGGACGUGACUUGCGGCUGGGAGGCAUGAAGUGAAAGCUGGUUGUGGAGGCCGUUGUGGACAUGCUGAAAUUCUCGUGACGUUGCAUAAUUGACUGCUGCUGGUGGCAUCACGUUGCUGAGCAUGUUGAAAGUGGUCCUGCGCUGCAGGGCUGCGUAAGAUUAAGUUAUAACAUGGUCGACAGAGCUGCAGGGUAGUGGUGGCUGCCUAGUAGAGGGAAAAGCUGUCAGGAGCUAGGUUCCCCAUCAUGCUUUCUAGUAAAUACUGUUGGAGGCAAAGGGAUGGCUUCCAUGACAAACGACGAUGCCGAAAGGAUGUAUGGGGAUUGAGUUCGCGGUGUACCGUGUUAUAUGACUGAUUUACGAUGCGGGGCUGCUUGCACCUGCUGCGCUGGUAGGCCAAGCGGCCAUGGCCCAUGAGACCCCAGGAUGGCUGGGGGCUUGGCUGGGGGCGCUCAACCGGUACUGGUAGCUGUCAUGCACUGCCGGACGGGCUGAAGAUCGACUAUACUGCCCCUGGAGUGACGCUGUGCUCCUGCAGCGAAGUGCCUCGUGUUGAGCUGGCACUGUGUCAUGUGAUGGAAGCUCGGGGAAUUCGGACACUAUGAGGAUGCCACAUGAAGUUCUGCGGUAGCCAGUCCAGUCCAGAGCUGGCCCGAUUGCCAUUGCAUUCCUUGAGAGCAAAACAAUGCCUGGGCUUUUACAAUAGAAUUUAGCACAGAACGCAUAGUAAGCAAAAUACCACCACGCAAACUGAGUACCACAAUCGCCAAGUUCUGUCUUGGCUGUGCUGUUGCUUGACAGCGGGACGUUGUUGUGUGUGGUUACAAGGUGGUGAGCACGACGUGCAUUCCUGUCCUUGUAGAAACCGAGGCCCGGGCCGGGGGGCCCUUAUAACGCCUGCAACACUUAUAUAUGCAGCUAGUUUGGUCCCCGAAUGGGGGUGCUUAUGCUCCUGUGCUCCCAAAUGGAAUCUAGUAACGCGGCUACGGGACGUGGCUGGACAGUGCUGGACACAUUACGGCGGGACGUGCCUGUACGAACCGACCCCGGCUAUGUCCGGGAGAUGAGGUAGACGCUUGCGGCCUCAGACUAGACACGUGGCUCAGCCCACUUUUCCCAUGCGAGGGAAGAUAUCUUGUCGCACAGAACCGAAGCCUGGCUUUCGAUGCGCUAGUGGACGAGGCACGGGAGACAUGGGCGAACCCGGCGGCAGCCGGAUGGUGCGCGCGGCUGUGGCUGCACAGGGUGUCGACGUGUGAGUACGUGUGGCAUAGGCCGGGUACGGAUGAGACGAGGUAGGAGUGGAGAGCAGGCACGCUCUUACCCGACGGAACUAUCUUAUCCAUCUUCAGAGCCCAUGUGAUGAGGGCGUGCGACGGUGGGAACAUGCUGGUUGCGGACCAGCAUGCAUUCCCCUCAGAUGGCAAGCAACCCGGCAUACACAUGUGCAAAUAUAAGCAUUGGAUGGAUCUAAGGGUGAGCAGUGGCUUGCAGUUCAGUAAAAGCAUGCGCGAAGUGAUGCUGAAAUCUAAGCCUGUCAGGAUAGCAGCAUUACUCACAAAAUAACUCCCC